AUGAGAGGGAGAAAUUGAAUGAGGGACAGAGAGUGAAGAGAGGAGAGGAUCCUCCAAAAAAACUAAGCAAGCGAAACUGCAGAGCGAAUGUGCACUGUUCUAGCGCCGCACUGGUUUCUUUCCAUUCACUACGCAUGGCUGCGUAGCUCCUUUCUCAUCAAGUUUUGUGUCAUAAAGUUCUGUGGCGGAGGCAAGGGGGUCUCUGCUGUGAAAGAUGGACCAUUUAAAGAGGACGGCGGCGUGCAGGAGAAUACAGCUAUUUCUUAUAAUAAUGUUCCACGCAACUACGGCACAAGCUGCUGAUCCCAUCGAUGUGCUGCAGGUGCUGGAGCUGUCGGACCACAUGGCGGGGGUGUCCAUGGAGGCUGGCCUCUGCACCAGCAGGAAGGACAUGGAGGAGACAGACAUGGCCUAUAGAAUAGACAAGAAGAUCCAGCUCAGUGCACCCACCAAACAGCUCUUCCCAGACUCGUUGUUCCCUGUGGACUUCUCCCUGAUGACAACAGUGAGGGCAAAGAAGGACACCCAGUUCUUCCUGCUGUCUGUGUAUGAUGAGCAGGGUGUACAGCAGCUGGGGCUGGAGGUGGGCCGCUCGCCUGUCUUCCUGUACGAAGACCACCAGGGACAGCCCUCCCCGGAGCUCUACCCCAUCUUCAAGAAGAUCAACUUGGCUGAUGGAAAGUGGCACAGAAUAGCCUACAGUGUGGAGGGCAAGUCAGUCACCCUGUACCUGGACUGUGAGAAGGUGCAGACUCUGGAGUUACUGAGAGGGGACAAUCCCCUGGUCAGCACGGAGGGGGUGAUCGUGUUUGGAACACGACUACUGGACGAGGAGGUGUUUGAGGGAGAGAUCCAGCAGUUGUUGAUUCUGGAGGACGCCCAGGCGGCGGCUGAUUACUGCCUGCACUACAUCCCUGACUGUGACUCUCCCCUGUCCUACAACAGACAGGCCCAGGACCCUGAGCAGACCUCUCAACUUAAACCUGAUCCCAUGAUACCAAGCAACGAGCCGGAGGAGCCAAAGAAACACUCCAAGAAAGACAGGAAAGGCAAAAAGGACAAAAAGAAGCGUGGCAAGAAGGGGAGGGGCAAGAAGGAGUCGAGGAAGAAGAGAAAAGAAGGAGAGGCGGGUCCAGAGGAGGAGGGUUUCGUCCAGGUGUCCACUGUUUUGCCUGAAAACCAAUCCCAAGAAACCUACUAUCCCACUGAAAAGCCAUCUACGAUGGAACUGUUCACUCCUGAAGCUAUCACCCCAUCUGCAGCCCCUGACCAGACCACCAUGAUCCCAGAGAGGCCCACACACAGGCCUGACUCUGACAUUGAGGACACCUCCGUGGUGCCCAGUGUAUUGCCUGAGUCAAAGGUCACUGAGGAGGAGGAGAGGCUGGACCAAAAGCCCCAGGUGGAGGAGCUCGAUGACAACUUCUACCGCGACCUGUACGAUGACCUUGCUGUCUCCAUGGUAACAGUGGGUCCCAAUAUCAGCGAGUACGAGGCUGUAGAGUACGAGGACAUAAGUAACGAGACAGAGAACCAGGAGUAUGAAGAGUAUGAGACGUACGAGGACGGAUAUGGCUUUGCAGAGAGAGAGGGGGCUGAUACCUGGGAUGGAGAGGCCAGUGGCAGACCACUGAAAGGAGAGAAGGGAGAGCCUGCCAUCUUUGAACCGGGUACACUGGUGGAGGGAGCAGUCGGCCCCCCAGGACCAGAGGGUAUUCCAGGUGGACAAGGACCAAUGGGCCCCCGAGGACCCAGUGGAGACCCAGGUGAUUUGGGUCCUCCAGGACGUCCUGGUUUAGCUGGGGUUGAUGGGAUACCUGGUCCUCCAGGAACCAUGCUGAUGUUACCAUUCCAACAUGGUGGUGAUUCUCAGAAGGGGCCUGUGGUGUCGGCCCAGGAGGCCCAGGCUCAGGCCAUCCUGCAGCAGACCAAGAUGUCGUUGAAGGGACCCCCAGGUCCACUGGGUCUUACAGGGCGACCCGGCCCACUGGGUCUUACUGGUCCCUCUGGACUUAAAGGUGACGCUGGAGAACAUGGCCCAAGGGGUCCCCGUGGUACCCCAGGUCCUGCAGGACUCAACGGGAAGUUAGGAAAGAGGGGCCGGGCCGGAACGGAUGGAGGGCGUGGAGCACCGGGGGAGACAGGGGGAAAAGGGGACAGAGGCUUCGACGGACUGCCAGGUCUCCCAGGAAACAAGGGCCACAGAGGGGAGAGAGGGAAGCCUGGACCACAUGGGCCUGAUGGAGAGUCAGGAGAAAAGGGUUUAGAUGGACCCGUAGGGCCGAGUGGACAGCCCGGUGAACCUGGUGCCAGAGGACUUGUCGGACCCAGAGGGUCACCUGGGCCACCUGGGCAGCCAGGUAUUACGGGUGUGGAUGGAGUUCAAGGGUCAAAGGGCAACCUGGGGCCACCUGGAGAGACAGGGCCCAGCGGUCAACAAGGAAAUCCUGGAUUACAGGGCCUUCCUGGUUCUCAGGGUCCCAUCGGCCUGCCAGGAGAGAAGGGUCCCCAGGGGUACGGUGGGCUGCAGGGACUCUCUGGUAUCGAUGGCCCUACUGGCCAUCCAGGAAGAGAAGGCCCUCCAGGAGAGAAGGGGCUCAAUGGUUUGCCUGGAACCCAAGGGCCUGUUGGUUAUCCAGGGACUCGCGGUGUCAAGGGAGCUGAUGGAGUGAGAGGUCUGAAGGGGAGUAAAGGAGAAAAGGGUGAAGAUGGCUUCCCCGGGUUCAAAGGUGACAUGGGCCUCAAGGGAGACGGGGGUGAUAACGGGGUCACCGGAGGUCAUGGAGAGGAUGGGCCAGAGGGGCCUAAGGGCCAGUCGGGACCCCUAGGAGAGGUUGGAGGUGCUGGCAUCGCUGGAGAGAAGGGUAAACUGGGUGUCCCAGGGUUGCCAGGAUACCCAGGAAGACAUGGGCCCAAGGGAUCUGUGGGGUUCCCUGGUUCUGCCGGGGUUCUGGGAGAUAAAGGAAGACGGGGUCCAUCUGGUCAAGCAGGAACUGGGGGUCAGAGAGGUCCUAAUGGUGCCAGAGGGGGUAGAGGAGCAAGAGGACCAACAGGAAAGUCAGGAGACAAGGGCACCUCUGGACACGAAGGCCCACCAGGAUCCACAGGAGACCAGGGACCCCAAGGACCACAGGGAAGGAACGGCGAGGCAGGACCUAAGGGACCUAAUGGAGCGGCAGGAAAAGACGGACUACCAGGUCAUCCAGGACAGCGAGGGGAGCCAGGCUUCCAAGGCAAGACUGGUCCACAUGGGCCAACGGGUGUGAUCGGACCACAGGGUAAAUCUGGUGAGACUGGGCCUAAUGGCGACAGAGGACACCCUGGGUCACCAGGACCCCCUGGAGAGACGGGUUUACCCGGAGCGGCAGGCAAGGAGGGACCCAAGGGAGACGCGGGUCCGUCUGGAGCUCCAGGAAAGAGUGGCCCCGCUGGGCUCCGAGGCUUCAGAGGGAGCAGGGGCAGCCCUGGAGCCAUGGGCUCUGCUGGACUGAAAGGAGGAGAAGGACCCACCGGUCUGUCAGGAGCAGUGGGUGCCACUGGGGAGAAAGGGCCUUCUGGAGCGGCUGGUGCUAUUGGUCAGCCCGGACGCUCUGGUGGGGUCGGCCCUGGAGGACCAAUGGGAGAAAAGGGCGAGCCAGGAGAGAAGGGGCCCAUCGGGCCAGCUGGACAGGACGGGGCGCAGGGGCCUGUGGGGCUGCCCGGGGCUGCUGGCCCCGCUGGGCCUCCAGGAGAGGACGGAGACAAGGGCGAGACAGGAGGACCAGGCCAGAAGGGCAGUAAAGGAGACAAAGGAGAAUCUGGCCCUUCAGGACCUAUUGGAAUCCAGGGACCUGUCGGCCAUCCGGGGUCACCGGGUGUGGACGGGGAGCCGGGGCCGAGGGGCCAGCAGGGGAUGUACGGGCCGAAGGGAGACGAGGGAGCGAGAGGUCACAAGGGGGCCACAGGACCCACUGGACUACAGGGCAUGCCAGGACUCCCAGGAGAGAAGGGAGACAGUGGACACGUGGGCACGAUGGGCCCUCCAGGACAACAUGGCCCCAGAGGCCCCCAGGGGUCCAUCGGUGGAGAGGGCACUGCUGGCCAGCCUGGUGGAGUGGGCCAGCCUGGGAUCGUUGGAGAGAAAGGGGAGGAUGGAGAGGCUGGGGACCCGGGACCAGUUGGAGACACUGGUGCCGCUGGUGGUAAAGGGGAGCUGGGGGAGAAGGGUGACUCUGGCCCCUCCGGAGCAGCAGGACCUGCAGGAGUCAGAGGCACGCCAGGGGAGGACGGACCUAAAGGAAACCCUGGGCCCAUUGGAUUCCCGGGAGAUUCUGGACCCCCUGGAGAAGCAGGGAUCAAUGGAGUUGAUGGUGGACCGGGAGCAAAGGGAGACAACGGUGAUCCUGGGAAAGCCGGACCCCCAGGAGCCUCUGGAGAACCGGGCCCUUCAGGGCCCCCCGGGAGAAGGGGGCACUUGGGAGCUGCUGGAAAAGAAGGGAAACAAGGAAUGAAGGGAGCAAAGGGGACCAAUGGGGUUGAGGGUCUGGUGGGGAAGAAAGGGCCAGUGGGGCCCCAGGGACAUUCAGGGAAGCCUGGCCCAGAGGGCCUCCGAGGGAUCCCAGGCCCCGGGGGUGAGCAAGGGUUAAACGGCCCCCCAGGCCAGACGGGACCCCCUGGACCCAUGGGACCCCCAGGACUGCCAGGUUUGAAAGGAGACCUGGGCAGGAAGGGAGAUAAAGGUCACGAUGGUCUGAUCGGUCUGAUCGGACCUCCAGGAGAGCUGGGAGAGAAGGGAGACAGAGGCCUGCCCGGAAAUCAAGGCACACAAGGAACCAAAGGAGACGGGGGUAAGGGUGGCCUCCCUGGCCCCACCGGCCCCCCAGGACCCCCGGGACUUUCUGGUGCAGUUGGUGAGAGAGGAUCCAAAGGAGAACUGGGCGCCAUCGGACCCCAAGGAGACACUGGCCCCGCCGGAUCCCCCGGACCCCCUGGUCCGCCUGCCACCAUGGUCCAGCCGCUGCCUAUCAGAGACCACGAGGGCCGGAGGAAGAGGAAGAGGCACUCUAGGAUGGUGCAAGGAGGCGCAGCUCCCUACGAGGAGGCAGAGAUGAAGAUGGAUCUGGAGCAGAAAGUGUUCCUGCAGGCAGACCAGCCCAUGCUGGAGGAGGCAGAGGGCAUGGAGGAGGUGUUUGCCUCCCUCACCUCCAUGAAGACAGAGGUGGAGCUGAUGAGGAAGCCCCUGGGGACCUUUGAGAGCCCCGCCCGCACCUGCAAGGAGCUCAUGAUGAUCCAGCAUGGCUACAGAGACGGUGACUACUGGAUCGACCCCAACCAGGGAUGUCACAGGGACUCCAUCAAGGUCUUCUGUAACUUCACCGCUGAGGGAGAGACCUGCCUCUACCCUGACAAGAGGAUUGAAACUGUGAAGCUAGCAGCCUGGAACAAAGAGAAACCAGGGAGCUGGUUCAGCCAAUACAGGAAAGGCAAACAGUUACAGUACAGUGACUCUGAUGGGAACCCGGUUCACGUGGUCCAGCUGACCUUCCUGAAACUGCUGAGUGCCACGGCCAGACAGACCUUCACCUACUCCUGCCAGAACUCUGCCGGCUGGUUCGACAGCACCACCCGCAGCCACCAACACGCCAUACGCUUCCGGGGCAGCAACGACGAGGAGAUGAGCCAGGCCAAGAACCCAUUCAUCCAGGCAACACACGACGGCUGCCAGUUCCGUAAGGGACAGGAGCGGACAGUCCUGGAGAUCGACUCCCCCAGAGCAGAGCUGCUGCCAGUCAUAGACGUGGCCCCCUCAGACUUUGGAAGCAGCAACCAAAAGUUUGGCUUCCACGUGGGACCAGUAUGUUACAACGGUUAACUAACGUUGUAUCGACCAACUAAGGAAUGACCAGAACUGACCUACACAACAACGUACCAAUGAAAGAAACUGGACUUCACUGUUGUUUCCACACGCAAUAUUUAUUAUUAUACGUCCGUAUAUGUGGUGGGUUUGUGGCAUAUGUUUAAUGACUCUCAAACAGCCAAUGGGACACGAGGUUUCCUUGUUUCCGCGACAAUAACAACCAAUGGCGAGUAGCUGAGCAAAGGCAAGGAGGAACAAAGCACAUUUAUCAAAGGGAGUUCAUCCAAUUAGAUAUAUUUAAUGUGUAGUGGUUUUUCCUUUAUCAUCAUUCUUUUCAUCGCUCACCUUUUGAGUGUGCUGUAAUUAGAUCCACUAGAAGUAGUCUCUUGUUCCACUUGACAACAACCAAUUUAAAAAGACAGGCAGAUCCCUCCCAUGUUGAGGCAUGGGGUUAGCCUGUCAUCUGUGGUAUGGGUCAGUUGAGUGGCACUGUCUUUGUCAGGCCUGGGAUGCAGAUGAGACGAGUUGCUACCUGAGGGAUUAUGAUGAGAGUGGAGUGGAAUUAGCCGGAGACACUAUCUGGCAUACUCAUUAGCAUGCCUGGAUUGCAGUAGGAUAAUAUCAUAUUGCAGUAUAAGGACAUCAGUUCUUGUUAACUGGUGGUGUACCGCAGUAUCGACGGUUGUAGGAUCUUAAUUUGAGCCAGCUUGCUACAGCAGGAAAAUAAUCCUGCAGCAACAGGAAAUGUGAAUUAUUAUGUGGAUUAUAAUCAAUGGACAUUUUUGUUGGAGUUGCUACAUUUUUCAUAAGGGAAAAUCAAGUCUGAAAUUUCAAAGUAAAAAUUACAAAUACACUACAAGUUUUACAUUUCAAAUGAAAGAUCCUACAUCGGUAGCAUGUCAAUUCCAUACUAGUCUAUUUCAUCUGUCAACAUUCGCUGUGUUGGUUAGAAGGUUGAACAUACUGUAUAAUAGAAAUUAUAUAUUUGCUUACCCUUCAACUGCAGAUGACUCACUGAAUGACCUUGAGAAGUGCACACAAUACCAUGUUACUAGUAGUCUAUUGAGCCCAAUGGUUACUUGAAUGGAGAAGAUUGCUUUCCUUGUUGUACUGGUUUACUCUGCAUGCCUGGUGAUAAUAUGACUUUCCGGCCUUCCAUGUUUUCAUUUCCUAUUUGUGUCAGUUUGGUGUCAAUUUUGUUACGGAAAACAAGCAUUCUGUAUUCCAGGCCUUAAUGGUUGAGCUGGAGCUGUUUCAGCCCGAGAAUGAGUUUCAGAGCAUGUUGUUCUUGAAGAGGAUAUUAACAGUGUUUUCUCCAGUCCUCCGUUUGUCUGUUACAUCAAGGAGCAUUUCACAUGUCGUUGUUUUCAAGCAUCUUUUAAAAAGUACCAUUAUUAUCCACUGUCCUGUUCUCCACCUCAGUCAUGUAUUUGUUUAUUUGUUUUAUAUGUGAAUUCAUUUUUAUGAUGUAUUUUGUUAUGCUGUGUGGUGCUAAAGAAAAUGUUUUUGUUUUGUGUCAACUACAUUUGUGUUGUUGUGUGUCUUGAGGCAGGAGGAGGGAGAAAGGGUGCGAGUUAUUGGUGCUGCAAAAGCCGUGCAUGAUGGGUAAGGAAUGCUCUCUGACCCAGGGAGUAUCAUAUCGUACUGUAGGACUGGACACUACAGUACACACACUCUAACCUGCUGUAUGGUAGUCAGGUUACAGUACCAGAGGUAGGUUAGGGGUAAGUUCCACGUUUUCGCUUUCAGCGUUAAAACUCCCAAGACAGCCGUUGUUACAACGUAGUGCCUUUACAUCUCUCCAACAUCUCUCCAACAACCUGCAGGCUGGUCUCCCAGCCUGUAUACAUAAACAGUACAGGCAGUUUAUCAGCGUACUCCUCCUCACACUGUCUUUUAGUAUUUAAACAAUUCAGUACAAUAAAAUCCCCCACCCCGUCCUGCCACACCCUGUGUAUAGUAUCUGUCCUACUCAUUUUAUAUACUGUACAGUUAUUCAAAGGACUUGAGUAUAAUUAAUAAUCUGUUGCCUGAAUGAAAAUGUGUUUGUGAAAAGUGAUAAGCGAAUUAAAAAAAACUAUUUUAAAAAGA